UUUACCGAGCUGUAUUUCUAUUUCUGAAAAAUUAAUGUACUACCUGCUCUGGAGUUCACUACUAGCGAAAAAACACCCAAAAUACGAGAGACAUGACUAACAACUCACGGUUUUGUAUAAUCUAUACAUCAAAUUCUGAUUGAGGUAACCCCAACUCUUAUUAUAUAAAUGAUAAGAUUUGAUUUUGUUCUCAUUAUGCAUCUUGAAUUGUUCGAAUCGGAUCUGUGAAACCCAGUUGGAAAAAGAUUCGAUCCAUAGCUCCAUGUUCCUUGUUGUUAGUGUUAUAAUCAAUCAAGAUUGCACAUUUCUAAGUUCAAUUGAGAAAAAUGCAUAUCACAGUGGACAAGAAUUGAGUUUAGGGUUGAGAAAUUUGGGAGUUUUGCCUUGAUUGAAGUUAAUUUGUGUUUAACUCAUUUAGGAUUGGGUUUUGUGGGGGUUAAUUGGACUACAUUUAUGGGCUGUAGUUAAGUGGGAUUACUGGGAUUUUGAUUCAAUGGUUGAAAUAGCGGAAUCUUCGGAAUCUGGGUCGGGGUUAAAAAUUGGGUCUUUGCCUGAAGAGGAUAAUUGUCACAGGCAAGUUAGCAGCUUUGGAAGUAGUGGGUCCAGGAAUACAAGCCCAUUAGGGCGUAUAUGCUCAAGAAACACGAGCCCUUCAAGGCAGAAAGUGGUUAAGACGAAACCGAGGGGUUUGGAUGAAGAGACAGUAACCACUUUUGUUAAAGCUGUUCAACCAGAUGUUCAGAUGGAAGAUAAUAUCUGGGCGAUGCUCCCAGAAGAUUUGUUGAAUGAAAUCUUAGCUAGAGUUCCACCGUUCAUGAUAUUUCGUCUCCGAUCUGUUUGUAAAAGGUGGAAUUCGAUUUUGCAAGAUCAUAGCUUUUUGAAGUUUCACUCGCAAGUGCCAUCCCAUGGACCUUGCCUUCUCACGUUUUGGAAGAAUUCACAGACCCCUCAGUGUUCGGUAUUUAGCUUGCCACUGAAACAGUGGUUUAGAAUACCAUUCACUUUCUUACCGCAGUGGGCAUUUUGGCUAGUUGGUUCUUCAGGUGGUCUUGUUUGUUUCUCUGGAUUAGAUGGGUUGACAUUCAAAACUUUAGUUUGUAAUCCCUUGACACAGACUUGGAGGACAUUGCCUAGUAUGCAUUAUAAUCAGCAGAGGCAGUUGAUUAUGGUUGUUGAUAGAAAGGAUAGGUCGUUUAAAGUUAUUGCCACCAGUGAUAUAUAUGGUGACAGGUCUUUGCCAACGGAGGUAUAUGAUUCAAAGAUCGACAAAUGGUCGCUUCACCAGACAAUGCCUGCUGUAAAUCUUUGCUCCUCCAAGAUGGCAUUUUGUGAUUCAAGGCUGUAUUUGGAAACUCUCUCCCCUCUUGGUUUGAUGAUGUAUCGGCUCGAUACAGGGCAGUGGGAACACAUCCCUGCUAAGUUCCCACGCUCAUUGUUGGAUGGGUACCUAGUUGCUGGCACUCAUAAACGCCUAUUUCUGGUUGGAAGGAUAGGGCUCUAUAGUACUCUUCAAAGUAUGAGGAUAUGGGAACUAGAUCACAAAAAAGUUGUCUGGGUUGAGAUAAGCAGGAUGCCUCCAAGGUACUUUCGUGCACUUUUAAGACUAUCUGCUGAAAGAUUUGAAUGCUUUGGACAGGAUAAUCUAAUAUGCUUCACAUCGUGGAACCAAGGAAAAGGUCUUCUUUAUGAUGUCGAUAAGAAGGUGUGGUCUUGGAUUGCGGGGUGUGCUCUUCAAUCAUAUAAUAGCCAAGUCUGCUUCUAUGAGCCAAGAUUUGAUGCUUCAAUAUACUAAACUAGUGCUUAGCUUGAAUUUCCAACAUACUUUUUACCAGGGGACAUUAGCUAUCUGGAUGAUUUAGCUAUCUCGGUUCCUUCAAUUCCCAUACUGCCUGCUGUUCACCGCUGAACUUUCCUUAGGAUCGAUUCUCAAGCUUAAAUUUAAUCUGUCUUAAUCUAUCUGGUAAAAGUUUCGAACUCGUGUGCUUAUUCCCCUAAUGAGCUGAAGUGAUUUGGAUAAAGGUUUCCUUCUGCACAUUAAUGGCUGAGUGUCAUUCAAGGAGGAAGAAGUUAAAAACAUUUCCUUGCUUGGACGAGGGUUCAUGCAGACCUGAGCGUCGGGAAUCUUUGUGAGAUGACCGUGAGGAUGGACAAUUCGGGAGUAUGGAUGUAAGAUAAAGUUUUGUUUCCAGCUUAUGUACAUUGAUUUUCUCUUUGUAAGUAAUUAGCACAUUCUUGUUGCGUUUCUUAACUGAAGUAACAAAAGAUGUCUCUUUAUCUUACA